CACAUUAAAAGCUGGUUCCCCUGUGUUAGUCCUCAAAAUGUAGGCGGGGAUUCUCCUGGCUGGUGACGCUCCAGACAGCUUGUAGACCCCCCGCGGCCCGAGGACCUCACGCUGGAUGCCGUUGUGGACCCUGCAGCAUGCGGAGGGGCAGAGAGGGGUCACGGCCCGACACCCCUCCCCAAGGGAUGUCAGGACCCAGGCCUGUCGUCCUCAGUGGACCAUCUGGGGCAGGGAAGAGCACCCUGCUCAAGAGACUCUUCCAGGAGCACGGCAGCAUCUUCGGCUUCAGCGUGUCCCACACCACGAGGGACCCACGGCCUGGAGAAGAGAAUGGGAAAGAUUACUACUUCGUGACCAGGGAGGCGAUGCAGAAGGAUAUCGCAGCUGGUGGCUUCAUCGAGCACGCCGAGUUCUCGGGGAACCUGUACGGGACCAGCAAAGCGGCCGUGCAGGCCGUGCAGGCCAUGAACCGCAUCUGCGUGUUGGACGUGGACCUGCAAGGCGUGCGCAACAUCAAGAAGACAGAUCUGCGGCCCAUCUACAUCUUUGUGCAGCCGCCCUCGCUGGACGUCCUGGAGCAGCGGCUGCGGCAGCGGGGCACGGAGACUGAGGAGAGCCUGGCCAGGCGGCUGGCUGCCGCACGCGCUGACGUGGAGAGCUGCAAGGAGCAAGGUCUGUUUGACCUGGUCAUCAUCAAUGACAACCUGGACGAGGCCUAUCAGGCCCUGAAGGAGGCACUGUCUGAGGAGAUCAAGAAGGCCCAAAGGACCAGCCACUCCUGAGAGGGCCCACCAGCUCUAUCCUCCCCGGUGGGGACUCCAUGCACCUCGGCCGGCACCUCCCUCGCCCAGACCGCCAUGCCUGGGAGACCCUGGGCCCCCCUUUUUUCCUCCUGUGGGAACCAGGCCCAUGUCGUAAUAAAACCUGCUAGUGCUCCUGA